AUGUUUCACUGUGCCUACUUUUGUUGCCCCUCACACGCCCCGGAAGUUUCUGAUGGGAAGUCUGAGGGGCAGGCAACUGUAAUUCAGCAGCUGGAGCAGACCACUGAGGACCUGAGGACCAAAAUAGCUGAACUAGAGAAGCAGUACCCUGCCAUGGACAUAGAGGUGGCCAGUGGUCAUCGAGACAUUGAGAAUGGACUGACACAUUCAGAAGAUGUCCGUCUCGAAGCUCUCAGGUUAGGAGAAAACGAUGUUCAUCAACAAAGGAUUUUACAGGCAAAAUCAAUACAGACUUCCCCAACGGAAGAGGGAGGGAUACUGACACUACCUUCUGUGAGUGCACUGUGGGAUAGUGUUCCCUGCCCACCUGGGACUGAAAAUGGGGAGUCAGCUGUUCCGUCCUCACCUUCUGGACCUCAGACAAAGUUCUGUUCAGAUUUGAUUGUGUCUCCAAGGAGAAUAUCAGUCCAGCUCAGAGCCCAUCAGUCCAUACAGAGCAUUUCACAGCCUCCACCACCUUCAUCCCUUCUGUGGUCUGAUAGUCAAGGACAGCCUGGGCUACAGCCAUCCCAUCCUUCUCUUCAUACUGAGUUUGAAACCAGCCAUGAACACUCUGUUUUCUCUUCCCCUGAAAACAGCUGUGACAUCCUAUCCCCACCACUGCUGCCUUGCACAGAGUCCUCCAGCUCCAUGCCUCGCCUGGCCAUGGUGACUCCCCCACCUAUCCCUCUCCCUGGCAUGACUGUGCCUAUUCUGCCCAGUGAAGCCAUCCGCCCACCUCCUCCUCGGCUGGGCAUAGACAUGCUGCCACUCCUUUCCCUUCCCCUUCCUGGAGAAGGAAACCCCCCUGCCCUUCCUCUUCCCAGUGUAGGAGUACACCCUGCCCCUCCUCUUCCUUGUGUGGGAAUACCCCUUCCUCCUCCUCUUCCUGGUACCGGGAUACAUCCUUCUCCCCCUCUUACAGAAGUGGGACUACCUCCUCCCCCUCCUCUCCCAGGAACAGGAAUAUCUUCUCCCUCUCUUCUUCUUCCCAGUGCUGAGAUACCCCUUGUACCUCCUCUUCCCAGUAUAGGAGUACCCCUUGCCCCUCCUCUUCCUUGUGUGAGAAUACCCCCUCCUUCCUCCUCUUCCUGCUACUGGGAUACCUCCUCCACCUCCUCCCUUCCCAGGAACAGGAAUACCUCCUCCCCCACCUCUUCCUGGUAUUGGGGUUACCCCCUCCACCUCCUCUUCCUGGUAUGGAGAUACCCCCUCCACCUCCUCUUCCUGGUAUGGGAAUACCUCCUCCUCCCCUUCUCCCAGAAACAGGAAUAUCUCCUCCCCCUCCUCUGCAAGGUGUGGGGAUUCCACUUGCUCCAGGUUCACCUCUCCCUCCUCUUCCACCUGGGGCAGGAGUCCCCACACCCCUGCCACCCCCUCUGCUUCCUGGAUCAGGUCCUCCAUCACCCCCCCCAGGUGUGUGGAUUUUUUUCCUCCUCCGUUGACAUCUGGCUUGUUUGGACUAGAAAUGAAUAA